AUGAGUCGUUGUAUGCGACCUGGACCAAUUACCAGUAAUGGUUACCUAAAUUAUCUGCGCGAGUUUCGUAAGAAAUGCUGCGGCUUGUCAGCGGUGGAAACAGUGCGUCAAGGUGCUAAGCAAUGGAAUCGACUGUCCUGUAAACAGAAAGCUAAAUAUCGGGCAAUGGCCUGUAAAAGACCACGGCGAAACAGGAUGCGUCGCUCAUGUCGACCAAAGCGGAGAAGGCGCCGUGGCUGUCGGCCAAAGAAGCGUAGACGCUCGUGUCGACCAAAGCGGAGAAGGCGCCGAGGCUGUCGGCCAAAGAAGCGUAGACGCUCUGGCUGUCGCAAGAAGCGACGUCCAAGACGUCGCAGUCGUAGCUGUCGUCGCCGCUCCCGUCCUCGCCGCAUGCGCCGAAGCUGCCGUAGCAGACGUAAGCGCUGCAUGAAGCCCGGCCCUGUGACGGCAAAUGCUUUUUUGAAUUUCCUACGCGCCUACCGACGUAAACACUGUGGCCUCUCGCCGCAGGAGACGGUAAAGAAGGGUGCGCGCAGAUGGUGCUCAAUGGCGCCCGAGUGCAAGCGACGCUACAUGCGGCAGGCCUGUAAAAUGUCGAAGAGCAAACGUAAAAAGAGGAGUCCCCUUUGUCGGUCGUUCCGUAAAAAGAGGCGAUGUUGAAAAGUGAUCAAGUUGAGUUCUUAAAUAAUGUAUGUCCAACAAAUUUUUAUGUGAAAUGUUUAUUUUUUUUUCUAAAUAAAAAUGUG